AUGGAAGCGCCAGAUUCCCAGGAACUGAAGCCGAUACGGCGCAAGAAAAAAAGCAAUAGAGAACAUAUCUCAGGGGGACUGUUUCCUCCGGCUUCUUCUGGCAUUACUACUCGUACCGCCAAUCAUGUCGGGAGUGGAGCUGAGUCAAAUAAUGGUGCCAGUGGAGCAAAGAGUGAAAUUCAUGGCCGAGCAGGGUCCAGUAGUGAAGCUGUGGCUUUGAAGAUAUCUGAUUCUAGUUCGACUGAUAUUGGCAUGGGACUUUUCCCAACCACUCGUCUAAGUAGGAUUAGUCCUAGUAAUCCUGAUAAAGGGGUUUCUGAAGAAAUAGGGGUCGAGGUUGCUGAUACAAGUAUAGCCAGUAGCAUGUCAAGGAUGACUACGAGGUCGACAAAUGGUGUUGAGGGUGCAGGAGUGUUGGUUGAACCGGAUUCGUCAUAUUCUUACGAACAGGAAGACUCGAUAUCACCGCUAUUCCCCAAGAUCAGUUAUCCAUCAGAAGCCAGUAUUCAAAGAACAAGAUCAUAUACAAAUGCAUCGAAUGUGGAAGACUUUUCUUCUUGGCUGAGACAGGAACAGUCUCGAGAAGAUACCAGGAGACGAGCAUCAUCGUCAGCAACUGGCGCUGGAACGAGCGUGUCGAAAACACCGUCCAUGAGUGAUCAGUCGUCACAUGUACUCGAACUCGUUGAUGAUGCUGCUAGUAGCAUUUGUAUUGAUGAAGAGGACGAUGGCACAGAAAUGAGAAAAGCCAUUAUUGAAGUGCUGAGGGGCCAGCAGCAACGGAAAACGAAUCUAGUUGAUGACGAGGCACCACCAGAACCACUGUCGGACUUCGACGAGUAUACGCAACGAAUAGCUAGAGAACUGGUUGUGCGAGAAAAAGUUGAAAGACGAAUGAUGCGCAGAGUUAAAGAUAGUAGGAAAUAUGGCAACUAUUUUUCAAAUGCCAAUGAUACUGGCACCUAUUAUGCGCCAUCACAUCACUAUGACAAUUUCAAUGGUCGUAGACAAAACAUUAUUUAUAAUAACCAGCUCAACGAGCUGAACACUCCAUACACAUACGAAGAGAGACAGAGAAGACGAGAAAGAGGACUCCGGCCGCAAGAAGAUGAUAUGGUCAUUGAAGAAAUGCCUGACGAGGUAUCAAUGAUAACGCUUGAUAUUGACGAGCUUGAAAGUGACGAUCUGUCGUUAACCGAUUACGGAAAACGUGAUGAUGAUGUCACACAAAAACCACGACUGCGACGAAAGCUGCUAUCACGCCAUGUACAGUUAUUAUCUCUCGGAGGAACACUUGGAGUGGGUGCAUUUUUCAAUUCGAGUCAGACAUUCUUCCAGUCAGGUCCAUUUGGCACGUUGCUCGGAUAUGUAAUCAGCGGGCUCAUGGUAUUAAGUGCGAUGCUGAGUUUGGGGGAAAUGGUCGCUCUAUUACCGAGUGACCGUGGUAUUUCAUCAUUUCCUGCGAGGUUUGUAGAUGCCUCAUUUGGAUUCGCAUUGGGAAUUUGCUACUGGUUCUCAUGUGUUAUGGCAUUGCCGUCUGAGGUGACAGCAGCAUCGAUGCUGAUAUCGAAUUAUCCCAUGCUCAACCCUGAAAACGAUAACAGCAUCGUGGUAUGGAUCACUUUUUUUCUCAUUCUGGUUCUGCUGGUGAAUAUGUUUGAUGUGGGCAUGCUUGGAGAACUUCAGAGCAUCGCUAGUCUAGCGAUUUUCUGCUGUAUUAUUCUGCUGAUGCUGUUUCUUGCACUGGCGAAUAACGGUAAAGUUGGUCCGUAUCACGAACGACUGGGGUUUCGGUACUGGGAUUAUUCGAAAUCCAAUUUCACUACUCACCAGGUGUACGGACUGUUUCGUCCAAACUAUGCUCUUGGUGUCACUGUUGAUACUACGAGCCAGGUGACUGUCAUAUCCAGUAUCGGGGGUAACAUUGGCCGGUUCUUACAAGUAUGGUCUGCUAUUGUGGAAUCGGCUUUUUCUUAUAUCGGCACUGAGUUGGUAUUCACGACUGCUGCCGAGGUUCGAAACCCUCGAAAGUCGAUUCCUGCUGCUACCAAGAAAAUCUUUUGGAGAAUCCUUAUAUGUUUCUGUCUAGGUAUUUUCAUGGUUAGCAUCAAUGUAUACGCAGGAGAUCCACGACUCAUGAAGCUGGGUCCAUUUGUGUUUAAAUUAGAUGAAGUCGAUGGCGGCACAACUAGCACUGAAAACGCUAUAAAACGAGUGGACAUUUCCAAUAUUACGAACUUUGUUCUUGGAAGAGCUGUAGCAGCAGGUGUAAGCGGGUUCAAAGUACCCAAUGCAGGUGAGAACGAUAUCACGGCAUCACCGCCAAACACCCUACAAAGAUGUCACACGACGUUCUGGUCAUGGUCAGGGUUCAGCGGAUCAAGUAGCAGUCCGUGGAUUAUAGCGUUGCAAGGAAUAGGAUCAUGCUCUAUAGCAGCUAGCACUAAUGCUUUAUUCAUUGUAUGUGCUCUGUCGUCUUGCGUGUCGCAUUUAUAUGCUGCCAGUCGUACAUUAUACGGACUGGCACUUCAGAUCCAAAACGAGUACUGGAUCUGGGGUCUAUUUAGACGAUGUUCCAACGCUGGCGUGCCAUAUGUGGCGGUUCUUUGCUCGUUUGUAUUUGCAUUAUUGGCUUAUAUGACGAGUAAUGCCACGACUGCUAAAGCAUUUGAAUGGCUUGUCACGCUGUGUACGUCCGCUGGGCUUCUGGUAUGGGCUGGAUGUUGUCUGUCAUUCAUUCGGUUCGAACGAGCCCUGAAGCUGCGACCAUCCAUUGUGCAACGAGACGACGAAGGGUAUCCAUUCCGGUCACCAUUCCAGCCAUAUACCGCGUAUUUCGGGCUCGUCAGCAGUCUUAUCUUAGUAUUUUUCUUGGGAUUGACGUUAUUCCUGAAAGGUCAAUGGAACACGGGUCGGUUUUUCGCGAGCUAUUCAGCCAUAUUUGUGUUUAUUGUGUGUUACACGUUGCACAAAUUGCGAUACAAGACGUCCCUGGUGCCCAUUGGCCAAGUCGACCUCGACAGCGGACGAAAAGAAGUGGAGAACGUGGCGUGGGAAGAGGACCGCGUAUACAGUCCGGGCCUUCGCGACUGGGCUCGCACGGGCUAUGCCACAGCCAAAUAUUAUAUGGCCAUGCUCAAAAAGAAGUCAGCACGAAACUGA